AGGACAACAAUGGAUCCCCCGUUUUCCUGGUUUCACAACAACCACUCCCCAAAGAAAACACAAGCUUUCAUUCUCUCACACAAAUCUCUCAUCAAGCAAAAACCUUAGGGAGUAAACAUGGCGGUGGCGGGAAUCCUUAACAUCCCCAAACUCCCACUUUUCUCGUCGCUUCCUUUGCGUAAACAAUCAAGGCAACUUUCCAUUUCCAUUAAAGCCUCAAAUUCCCAAACCAGUACCAAAGAAGAAGAAAACCCAAGCUUUUCCUCUUCUUCUUCUUCUUCUUCUACUACUACUACUACAGCUACAACUUUUGCUCCUCCUCCCAACUUCAAGCCGCCAGAGCCAAAGCGAUUUGCAAUUAGACCCGACAAGACUUGGGAUAUUGUUGGGGCAUCUCUUGCUUUGUUCUUUCGGUUGGGAACUGGUGUUUUUGUUUCUGGCUAUUCAGCAUCUUUAGUUUCUGAGAAGGAGAUUCCACCAGGCCAAUAUUCUUUAGAACUAGGAGGCUCGAAGGUGAAAGAGACAUCGAAGAUAGGCCCUCGUCCGGAGAAGCCUAUCGAGAUAUAUGAGUUUGAAGGUUGUCCAUUUUGUCGAAAGGUUAGGGAAAUUGUUGCAGUUUUGGACAUUGAUGUUCUGUUUUAUCCUUGCCCCAAAAAUGGUCCGAAUUUUCGUCCCAAAGUUGCUCAGAUGGGUGGAAAGCAGCAGUUCCCUUACAUGGUGGAUCCGAAUACAGGAGUUGCUAUGUAUGAAUCAGAUGACAUAAUAAAGUAUCUGGUCGAAAAAUAUGGUGAUGGAAGUGUCCCUUUCAUGCUAUCACUCGGUCUAUUGACGACAUUGACAGCAGGAUUUGCAAUGAUAGGUCGGAUGGGAAGGGGAAAUUCCUACACCCUAUCAAAAUUGCCUCCCAAGCCACUCGAGAUAUGGUCAUACGAGGGUUCUCCAUUCUGUAAGAUUGUACGAGAAGUGCUGGUAGAAUUAGAGUUACCGCACAUUCAGCGCAGUUGUGCUCGAGGCAGCCCGAAACGGCAGAUCCUCUAUGAGAAAGCCGGACAUUUUCAGGUACCUUAUUUGGAAGAUCCAAAUACUGGAGUUCAAAUGUUUGAAAGUGCAGAAAUAGUGGAGUAUUUAAGAGCAACCUAUGCUCAAUAAUCAUCGGGUCUUUUGAAUAUGUUCUUUCAAGUUCGGUUCAUUUAUGGUCCUAUAUAACAGCAUUUGCUUAGCCUUAAUUCAAGUAAGGCCGGGCGGUGUCGGAUUUUACUAGAGAUCUUAGGUUGGAGUUAUGUGACUCCCUUUGUAUCAAAUCAAAAGGAAAAUGAAGUUAGUUAACUAUAUACCUAUUUUAUUAUUAAUACGAAAAGUGCUUCAAUA